AUAUGUCACAUUUGAAAUUGGCGGUAUUUGAUAUUAGUAUGGAAUCAAGCAUUUGGUGGCGCUAGUGCUGAGCGACAAAAAUUCAACGCUAAUGUCACAUCUAUACAUUAUCUAUGCGUUUAUUUAUAAUUCUAACCUCCAAAAAAUGGCUGAAUGCAAUGAAGUCAUCGAAGAAUGUUCCGAAUCUUUAUCUAAAUUAAAUAUUGAUAACAAAUGUAAAGAUAAUGAAGAUGAGACCGCUACGGAAGAUGAGGAUUUAAGUAAAAAUAGUGACGUACCUGUCAAUAUGUCUCCGGGGGCUGUUAAAUUACGAAGCUGGAUUAACCAAUUACUACGAAUAACCAUGUCCGAUGGACGCGUUCUAGUAGGAAUGUUAUUUUGCACAGAUAGAGAUGCAAAUAUAAUUUUAGGAGCGUGUUCCGAGUUUUUACCAGAAGAAACUGACGAAAACGGUCAAGUUAUUAAAGAUGUUGAAGAGCCUAGAAUUUUAGGUUUAGUUAUGGUCCCUGGAAAACAUAUACUUAACAUUUCUGUAGAUGUUAAUGAAAAUCACAGUUGUAAUCAAAUGUCUGAACCCCUAAACCAGGACGUUUCAUCUGAUGAAGUCAUGUAAAAUAUUUUUAAGGUAAUUUAAACAAUGUAUAUAAAAAAUAGACAUUUAUUUAGAUUUUUAAGUUUAACAAUAAACUAUCUCCGUAUAAA